AUGCCCAGCUUUCAAGUAGGGUGGUAUCGGUUUUUACCGUUCCUAGGUUACCACCAUGUUCUCAUGAUCCUAAUAGCAGUGACCAUAAUAUUGCUCUCCCUCCUACUCGCAGGAUGCUCCUCCUCCUCCCCCUUAAUACCCGACAUCUUCCUCAUGUCCCUCUACUACGAGCAAUACACCGCCGUCCCCGACACGGCGCAGGUCAAUUACAACGUACACAAGGCCAUCUCCAACAUCGCCGGCGACGCCCGCCUCGCCGCCCGCGUCGGCUACUUCGGCAUCUGCAUUAGCCCCGACGGCGGCAGCUGGCUGUGCUCUAACAACGCGACGGCGCUGGCCAACGAGGUGGCCGUAGACCAGGAUCCGUUGAAUCUGGUGUGGUUGGCGUCGCAGUUCAAGGAUAUGAUUGUGUUUCCCUACCUAAUCAUCAUAGCCAUCAUCUUCGCCUUCGUCUGCGUCCUCCUCCUCGCCACCUUCCCCGUGUGGCACGAAGAAGUCGACUCCGAAGGCUCCGAACGCGAAGUCAAGCCCUUCCCAUCGCGGCCCGUCAGCCAGGUCGCCUUGGCCAUCAUCUUCAUCGCCGCCGUCUUCGUCCUCGUGUCCGUGCUAUGGCAGCACACGGCGUCCGUGGCCGCCUCCAUCAUCGCCGAGGACUUCGGCAACGGCUCGGUGAAAUCGGGCGUCGGCACGAGCGCCAUGGUCAUGGGUUGGUUCAGCUUCACGCUGCUGAUUAUUGUGACGAUUGGCUUGUUGGUUAUGAUUUUGAGUAUUAGCGUUUUGACGAAAUUGGCGAGCUAA